ACAACAAGACAUCAUCACCUCGCGCACUCCGCGCGCAGACGUCACAUCCGCACCGAGAUUAGACGUGCCACGCUCCCUUCGCGCUGGCACAGCAGCUCGACGACAUAUAUUAGACCACACAUUGGCCGCAAGGUUCGUGAUCCCGCAGUGACCUUUCACAAGCACAAACAUCACCAACACGACCUCUUUGAAUCUUCUAACGCACCCGACCUGUACACAGCAUGCGUCAAUCACCCCGACAAGCUGCGCUGCAGCUUUCUGUAUCCACAACGGAUUUACCGUGUGGCAUUGCGAAUGCUGCCCGCUCCCCUUCUGCUUCAUUCAGCAGCGCAUUCGGUCCUCUCCGACGUGCUGCAGCGGCAAUGGCGCGGACAGCGAGCGGCUCACGGACCGAAGAGCUUCCCGUUGCUUCAGACAAUUCGCAGAUCGCCCUUGAUCAGGGACACGAGUCGUCCUUUCUAUCUUUAGGACCCGACUCGCCGAUGCUCGGCUCUUCCAGCACCUCUUCAAUGAGCAACCCUGCAAUGAGGGGCCGCUCGAAGACGAUCUCUUCCGGCACCGCUCAGCCGACCUCUUCGUUCGAGGAAUGGGACGAGGCUACGCAAAAGUUCUCUGCUGGCUUCCUUCGGCGUCUAACAAAGAGGCCGACGCACGGUGAUGUCCGUUCCGCGUUCACGGAAGAGGGAAGCGUGCCGGCGAAGACACCAUCUGAGAAGCCUGAUGACGCGCAGAGCCGCGGCGUACCUCAAAAUGGGUACACCAUCGAAUUUGUCACUGGCAGCGGAUCAGGUCCUGCAUUGGCGACCGCCACUGUCACCAGGCUGGACCUGCCCGCCGUUGUAGAAAUAUCGCCUUUGCCCACCGCCAACGAAAUAUUUCCAGCCACGCCCUGUUCACCUCCUUCAGCUCGGCGAGCUCUUAGCCCUCCACAAAUCGUGCGGCCUGCUCGUGAUAGCUUGCAGCUAUCCGGCGAUCAAUCUCCGCCCCCUCCUGUCGUCCCCCAUCGCACAAAGUCAUCUCUGCGAGGCCGCAACCUGGAAAGCAAAAUGGACAAGUCAAAGAAGCGUCGAGAUCCAGCCUCAGUGUCCAACAGCACGUUGCCCGACGAUAUGCUCGCACUCGCUCCACCUUUUGAGUAUCGAGUGUGCAACACGGCCAGCACCGUUGCGCUUCCGCUUCAGAAGCUAGAGUGCUCUCCCACUCUCGGCUCGCACAUUCAGCACGAGAUCGAUGCUCAGCUGCGACGCGACGUUCAGAGCCGACUCGCAGUGCCUGCCCCGAUGCCGUACUCAGUCUUGCCUGCGCCUGGCUCGCGACGUCCAUCGCUGCGACCUUAUCGAUCAAUGGGCGAGAUGCAGUCGCACGUGGAGCCGUUGAGUCAAACAAGCACGACUCAACAGGCGACUCUGGCUCGAAAGGAUACCACUUUGCCUACGGAAGCGAGCACAGCUCCAUACCCGACGGACUUGCGAGCACGGCGAGGAGCAGGUGGAGCGCUCCAAAUCAGCAUCAACACGCCCGCGCUCAGCCUGCGUCAAACUCGAUCACAGACUUUGCGCUCUCCGGGCAGACGACUGUUCAACUCUCCACCACCUUGUCCCCCUCCAUCCACGCCUCUGCCCGCUAUUCCAUCCAGCGCUCCACCAAUGGAACGCACGCCUCGAGCUCGGCCGAACCGCGCAGAUGGAACCCAAUCGACAGCCGGGCACACGUCGCGUUCUCCCUCCCAAACAUCGAGCAUCCACCAAGUUCCCCAAACGUUUGCGUCUUUGGAGGACACCAUCAGCUUCUUGGCGUACGACGAACGUCGCAUCAGCUCUUCCUCGACCGCUUGCUCCUCUGCUAUCAGUCGAGAUUCUUUUCAAGCAUUUUCACCUGCCGGCUCCAUCAUCACCACCAGCGGCUUGAGCGACCAUGGCGAUCCCCAAACCCCAAUGACGCCCUUGGAACAAGCUUGGGAUGAAUCAGAGCCAAAGCAGACCAUCUCGGGCCCGGCUUCGUCGUGUGCCGAUGCUGCUGCUGCCGCUCCCGCUACCAAAGAUCUGCAACAGAGGUCGAGCGCUUGCUGCGUCGAUGGAGAUGCGACAUUGUUCAGCUGUUUUGGCAAUGCGCUCAUGCUCGACACGCUCGACACCCAGUGCGUAGAGUGGGCCUCGCAUCAGCAACAACACGUCGAGCCCAACGCAGAAGACCUGGGCAUCAACUUCGGCUAUGCCAUCUGAGGGCCCCAAAGACUUUCGCCGAUACAUCCUCUUUCUUCGACUUGAUCAAUCGCACCCCUUCACGCACUCUCUUUUGCACUGCUCGUCCACUCGCCGAGGCAGGACACACACACACACACACUCAUUGGUCUGACCGACUGCGCCUAAUCAUCGCAUCGCAUGUAGUUAGUUGCAUUGGUAACCGAUGCGCCGCUUUCCAGCCAUUCUGUCAACUCAACACUUUCCCCAUUCUCGAUCACACAUUCACUUGUACAGUAAAUCAUACUACACACAUUCAUUUUGCCGUCCAACAAUACAUCCAUCUUCGGCCCAUCUGCA